GAGCGGUGAAGGUAACCAGCAGGAGUUUGUUUGGAAUAGCGACAUUGGUGGGUGAGGAGCCUGAGGCCGCUGCUGAAAUUUCAAUAUUGCGAGCCCUCACGCGCCCUACACUCGAGACUAUGAGCAUCUUCGGGAAGAUCUUCGGCGGCGGGAAGAACGAGAAGGCCCCGACGACGGGGGAAGCCAUCCAGAAGCUCCGAGACACCGAGGAAAUGUUGAUCAAGAAGCAGGAUUUCCUGGAAAAGAAAAUUCAGCAAGAGAUCGCCACGGCUAAGCAUCACGGGACUAAGAAUAAGAGAGUUGCUCUGCAAGCACUAAAGCGCAAGAAGAGGUAUGAUAAACAACUUCAGCAGAUUGAUGGAACGCUCAGUACUAUUGAAAUGCAGCGAGAAGCCCUCGAGUCGGCCAACACAAACACAAAUGUUUUACAAACUAUGAGCGAAGCUGCCAAGGCUCUCAAAUCAGCACAUCAACACAUGAAUGUGGAUGAAGUACACGACAUGAUGGAUGAUAUAGCAGAGCAGCAGGAUGUAGCCCGGGAAAUUUCAGAGGCCAUCUCUAACCCUGUGGCGUUUGGAGAUGAUAUUGACGAAGAUGACUUGCUGGCUGAAUUAGAGGAGCUGGAGCAAGAAGACUUAGACGAGAAGCUAUUGAGCACAGGAGAACCUGUAGCAGAACUACCAGAAGUUCCAACCAGUGCCCUUGCCAAGCCGGAGCGUAGGAAGAAAGAGGAGGAUGAAGACGAUAUGGCUGAGCUGGCUGCAUGGGCAUCUUAAACUUGAUUAUUCUCUCCGUGAACCCUUGAUUCCAGCUGUUUUGUUUACCUUCCAGUGAUUACUCCCAGUGUCAGAUCACCACAACUAAAACAUUGUCAACGUUAAUUCUUAUGCGCUUUCAUACACACAAGCCUGUCCUCAAACCAGAUAACAUGUGAUUAUUAUAUAUUGAGACUAAUACUGCUUAUUUUAUGUUCCGAAUAAGUUCUAGCCAAUAUGUGGUUAUGUACUCGUACUGUAAGUAUGGAGACCAUGCAAGAAAGUCUUUUGAAAUAAGCAAAGGACCAGUAUUACUGCAUAAUCUUUGGAAAUAGUCAUAAGGGUAUAUUUCAUGUAAUAAUGUUUUUGCUUGUGUACAUGCCAAAAGUUUCAAAUAUUACUUAGUUAUUUUGGUGUUAAGCUUCAAGGUUCCUAGUCACUGGCCCACUUGCUUCAUUGUUUAUUGACCAAUCAGCAAAAGGAAAGUUUUAACUCCAUUAAUUCAUUCACAUAAGUCUUUAAAUAAAGUUAAUUGUAUUUUGGUUGAUAUCCAGAGGUGUUUGUGCUUGUGAUGGGAGCAGAGAGUUGUGGCUGCAUUGGUACUGUACAAAGGCUCGCAUUGUAUUCGCAAGUAUUCUCGCAUUGUGUAAGAAAUGUGCCUUAUCAAAAUUACAUGCAAAGCAAACAAUUGCUGCUGUCAUCACACACAAUAAUACUCAGUGUCACAGGUAAAGCAGGCAGGUGUUAUGAUAUGUGACAUAUAAUUGGAUGUUCCCAAUAUGCGGGGUUUUGCAGUGGGGUGUUCCCACUACACAGGGUUGUACAAUUUUGUUGCCCUCGAUUAUGUAACCUGUAAAUAUCUGUAUUUUAGAUGAGCCAUUUAUGCUUUAUAAAGAUAAGCUUAACCUUUUUCUUGUGUUCCUGAAUGAUAUGUAUAUUUGCUAUGGGAAGCAGCAUCUGGUUUCAUCAAAUAUCAGUCCUUCUUAUUGUGCGAGAAGAUGCAUACCUUAACGGCAGUCAUUUGCUGCGAGACCAGGAUGUGAGUGUUAUCGCCCGUGCUUCAAUAUUUGUCAUUUAAUCCCCCCUUUUUUUGUUGUUUUUCUUGUGUUAUGCCAUGUGGCUUAUGAAGCCAUACAACAACACAGCCAACUUUUAGACAAACAUGCUUAUUGUAAAGGAUUUAAAUUGGAAAAUAAGAUAUUACUAUUGUCCCAUCUGUGGUUGGUAGUUUUGUACUAUUGACUUGGAAGGGAUGGCUUGCCACGGUUCAGAGAAGUAAUACACAUCUAUUGAAUACCCAGUGGUUUAAUUAGAGUAAAAAAUUGUAUCAGUUUCAAUAUAUGUAUUUGAUAUAAUAAAAAAUGUUAUUUCCAA